CGGGAUUGGACGCGUUUCUUCUCUAUGGUUAUCUCCGGCGGUCCACUGGUUGUGAAUUCCGCAGCCGCUCGCAUGAGAUGUGAGUUACAGACCGGAAGGCGGCUUCUGCCUUGGGAGCGAAGCUUGUUGUUCUUCCCUGUUGGGAGUAAGGGGAGUAGGUCCAGUUGGCAUGCCAUAGAUUGAUGUUUGCCCUUCACGGGCUCUCUGAUCGCGACUGUUCGAGUACUUCACGGGGCAGAAGACUUGGCUCAAGGGCUACGCGGUCCGCUGACCCCGAUCCAAACUGCUAUGGUUUACUCAGAAAUAAACUCCAUUGAAUUCAGCAAGAUUUACUUAUAACUACAAUUUAGGACAAGACUGCCAAGAAAGAAUCAGCUCAAAUUUAAUUUCCCCUAGGACUUUUCUAGAGAGUUACAGGAAACCACCGUAGUGCAAGAGCCGAAUAAUAACUUGACUGAUAAUGACUUGCUAUGUCUCUUCCAGAAUUGUAACAAAAUAGAUAUCUAAAGCAGUGAGCUCUCUCGGCUAUAUUAAUCUAAAUAUUGUUAUAAUUGUCCAAAUCUUCAAGCAAAACUAAAAAAAAAAUACAAAUGUUUUCAUGUGUUCAGAACUUAUGGGCUAUUUAUGUUUUUAAUUUGAACCUUAUAGCCUAACAUUCAAAGCAAAUUUUACUUGGCAUUGGAUGAUCUAUGAUAGGAUCUUAUGUAUCGAUAAUUUUUCACAGUUAAAAGUAUCUCCAAGUAUCUGUUCUCCGCAUAUCAUUAUUGCUAUUUUUCCCUUUUGUUAUGCAAAAUAUUGAAUAUAGAAUACAGCAAAAGUAUCUUCUCAUUGACUUUAAGAAUAAUCUUAAUUUUAAUGAACUACUAAUUUCUUAAAGCAGUGGCAUCUUUUUUUCAGACUCGCAUGGAUGCUUGAAAAUGAUCAGUCUCUUGAACAAAGGAGAGAUGCUGUUCUCAUAGAAAGUCCUAGUUUCACAGAAUUGAAUAUUUGACAAUCGGUUAAUGCAACACUUCUCUAAAGAUUUACUUCUCUGGUUCCCCCCUCCCAAAGGAAUAUAGUUUUUAAUUCAUUUGGAAGAAUUAUGCUUUGGAAAGCAGACAAUGUCAAUUGUAUGUUAUCUGCCAGCUGGCUGGAUGCUAGAUCACCUCCUUUUCAUAAAUAAAUCUGGAUACUAUUUUUGCCACUCUCUUGAGCAGUCAGCUAAGGAUAGUUUUGACAAUACUAUACCUGCUUCAUCGGGUACAAGUUUGAUUCCUAUAAAAUCAUGUACAAAAAAAUAUAUUCAUGAAUUUAGCAAUUCAGGAGAAAAAUCUAAUCGGAUGGUAAAGAGGACAUACUUAUUUCGAGAAGAAUUUUUUAAUGUAAUUAAGCCCCAUAUUCCUGCAAGCUUCCAGACGGAAAAGCAUAGUGGGAUUAAUCUAGAAACUAGUAUAUCUGAACAGCAGAAAAAUGACAAGGACAAGAAAUCUGUUAUUACAGUUAAGGCUAAAAAGAAACGGAAAAGAAGCAGUGAACUUAAUCAUGGUGAAAGUGAUAUCUUAGAGUAUCAUUUAAAGAUCAGUGACAUAAUUUUGGAUGGAACCAGAUGUCUAAUCCAGGAGGCACGCAGAAGUGGUUUCCUUCAGCCUAAUUCUAUAGACCAGUUUUAUGUCAAGGCAUCUGACAGAGGACCCAAUAAUUGCAGUUUGGCUGAGCUUUGUGAGAUGGCCAAGUGUUUCGUUCCUGUGAAUGAAAAAGAGCAAAUAUGUGUAAUGGAGGAGGAAACCUCUGACCCAGAGCAAGUUCAAUUAACCUGUGUUACUGAAAAUAAUACAAGCAAUGUGAAGAUGUUAACGCUAAUGGGACAGAUUUACUUAUUUCCCCCUAGAAGUGCAUUUCUUUUAUCAGAUUUUUCAUGUAUGCAGCCACUUUUGAAUUAUAAAAAGAAGUAUGACAUAAUUGUUAUAGACCCACCAUGGGAGAACAAGUCUGUUAAAAGAAGCAAUAGGUAUGGUUUCUUGUCUCACUGGCAAAUCAAAGAAAUUCCUGUCCCAGCAUUGGCAGCUCCAAAUUGUCUUGUGGUCAUGUGGGUGACCAACAGACAGAAGCAUUUACAAUUUGUAAAGAAUGAACUUUAUCCUCACUGGUCUAUACAUGGUGUUGUUGAAUGGUUCUGGGUAAAAAUUACAAAGUCUGGAGAAUUUGUGAUCCCAUUAGAUUCUCUUCACAAAAAGCCAUAUGAAAUUCUUGUACUGGGUAGAGUCCAGGGAAAUACAGAUGUACCAUUAAGGCUUUCAGAAGAUGAAAAGUUUCCUGCAAUUCCUGGUCAGAAAUUAAUUGUUAGUGUGCCUUGUACACUUCAUUCACAUAAGCCUCCUCUUUCAGAGAUUUUGAAAGAAUAUACCAAGCCAGAUGUAGAAUGCUUAGAACUGUUUGCUCGGAAUUUGCAACCUGGAUGGGUCAGUUGGGGCAAUGAAGUCCUUAAAUUCCAGCACUUGGACUACUUCACUGUUUUACAGGAUAAUGAUGACUAGCAAAUCAUAAUUAUUUUUGAAGGAUUUUAUAUCUGAGUUCGGAAUUUCACCUUUGCUAACUCUAACUCUACAUUGUGAGAUAUAUGUAAACAACCUGGAAUAAUUUUCAAGAGCAGCUAUAUGUAUAUUGACCAAAUGUCACAAAACAACAAGGAUGGAACUUGUUAUUCCAUGCUUAGGUUGUAGAGGUCUUUGCUAACAGUAAUUGGAGGCGAAAGUACCAGCAGUUUGAUAUCUACAGUAGGAUCCCUCCUAGAACAGCCAAUCCAACAUCUGACACCUAUCUGUUACUGUGGUAUUUUGCCUCCUAUUCCCAUAACCCUCCCAGGAAAAUUCUGGAUUAUAUCUGAACAUCCAGCCUCUGGCUCUUUGAAAGAUUGGCUGCCAUCAUUGAAAAUUUUUCUUUCACUUAAAUGUUAUAUAUUGCCUAUUUAUAACUUCUAGUUCUAUCAUUAGAAGUGUUUUACAUUUUUGUUUCGAUACUGCACCUUCCUAUUUUAACCAAUAGAGUUAAAAUGAAUGUUAAAAUGUAACUAGAUAAUUUUUAGCAUUUUCUGGGUUGGAAAUAAUGGCUUUAUAAAUGUAAUUAAAGCUUUUCAUAAUAAUA